AUGCCGCCAGAUACGCAAGCGCGGGGCGGGUCCUCCAAGGACAGAGAUAGAGGUGACAAGGAACGCCAUCAUCACCACCACCGUCACUUCAAGGAUAAGGUAGGCGAGUAUCACAUCGGCGCGGAGAUCGGAAAAGGUAGCUUCGCGACUGUCUACAAGGGGUAUCACAUGAAAACCAAGCAGCCAUUUGCCAUCAAGGCUGUCGAUAGACAGAAACUCCACAGCCCCAAGCUGACUGACAAUCUCAUGAGCGAGAUCAAUAUCCUGAAAAUGCUUCAUCAUAGGAACAUCGUCGCUCUAGAAGAUUGCUACAAGAGUGACACGCACGUCUAUCUUGUCAUGGAGUAUUGCACGGGUUCAGAUCUCUCCCUGUAUCUAAAGAAGAGGGGUCGAAUUCCUACUCUAGACUUUGUCCCUCGACCAGGCAGCUGGUUACCGACGGCGAACGCCAGCGAAGAUGGCAAAAUCUUUUGGCCUCAUCCUCCGACCGGUGCCCUUGACGAACGGAUAACACGAUCUUUUGCUGGGCAGAUAGCUCAGGCACUCAAAUUCCUUCGUCAACAUCACUUGAUCCAUCGAGAUCUUAAGCCCCAAAACUUGCUCCUAGCUCCUGCCUCUGCAGCUGAUUUAGCUGAAGGUCAUCCGUAUGGCGUACCAGUCCUUAAGGUGGCAGACUUUGGCUUCGCACGAUUUCUUCCUGCCGCCACCAUGGCUGACACUUUAUGUGGGUCACCCCUGUAUAUGGCUCCUGAAAUCCUUCGUUAUGAGAAAUACGAUGCCAAAGCCGAUCUGUGGUCUGUCGGUGCCAUCUUGUACGAAGUUUGUGUGGGCCGGCCACCUUUCAAAGCUGUCAAUUAUGGGGAGCUUCUAAAGAAAGUUGAGCAGGGAAAUGAUCGCAUUAGAUUCCCGGACGAAGCUCGGAACCUGACUGGAGACACCGAUUCACUCCCCCCUGGUGGUCUUCCCGUGUCGGACGACAUCAAAUCACUCAUACGUCAACUACUCAAACGCAAUCCCGUCGAGAGGAUGAGCUUUGACGACUUUUUCGCUUGCAGUGUUUGGGAAGGGUAUAUGACGGACAAUGAAGAAGAGACAAUGAGUUUUGACGCCUCAACCGACAGCUCAGCGGUCAAUUUCGAGUCUGAAUCGAGUGGUUCAAGGAUCAGAGAAAUGGCAGACAGUGGCGAGAGGUCGCAAGAGGGAUCCAAACCUUUUAUCGGACCUCAACAGCUUUUCAGCGAGGAAGCGCUAGGACUUCAACCCGCAGUCGUCCCCGGUCAGAAUCUGACUACAUCACCUGUUGAAGCUUCGCCCUCGACUAUGCAACCAUGUCAAAGCUUCCGCCCCAUUCGAAGAACAGAGCCCAAAUACUACCUGAGCGAUGAGGUACCCACUCCAGAGGUCAGUACGAUCAAACCCCCUGCAGCAUCCUCGACAACGACUGUCAGAGCUGAUCCUCGUCCGAUAUCAUCGAUCUCUCGGCGACCGUCGAUUCGUGACGCUGGUAGUGUCGAAGAACCUCCGCUCGUCACCCCGACGUCAGCCACUCUUACCGGUGGCGUUUUUGCCCGUCAAGCGCGUAUUUCUGGAGCAGGAACACAGGCGAUGACCGUGGCAACUAGACCUCGGCAUACGACUGGAAAAGAAGAGUUGGACAUGGAGGACUCUGUCGAUAAAGAUUAUGUCGUUGUUGAGAAGCAAACGGUGGAAAUCAAUGCAUUGGCCGAUGAAUUAGACCAAGUGGUCAAAAAGCCGAGCUUCACUGCUAUAACCCGCCGGCCCAGUUCCAGAACAAGUGUCGUGACGCGUCCCAUCUCCGCCUUCAAGCCAUCAAGCUCGAGCCCCACCACCCCAAAUACCCUUGCGCCAAUGUCUUACUCACCCCCAUUCGCCCUUGAGGGUACUCCGCCAUUCGCUAUUCGCCCAGGAACCAGCCUCCCGACUGCAGCGCGCAAAUCUUCGUCUUCAGCUCUAAGCCGUCCUUCCUCCAUUCCGCACGCUCUGAACAUCCUCCCACCGCCAUUACAGGCCUACGCCGCUGAAGUCAGUCACAGAUUCUCUACCUCUCCUGGCUCUUUACAAACCGGCGCUCUAGCUCGCGCACUGACCAACACCGCCAUCCGACUCAUUGGUACGGGUGCCAAUACAGCCGCGACCGUGAUCGCUCGCGCUGCUUCCAGACGUCGUCCCAAUAUCGUUCGUGUAUCCGGGGACAUCGACGCUGCAGAGGACGCCGUGCUUCGAUCCGCAGAGGGAGUGGCUCGCAAGGCAUAUGCUCUGUUCGAACUUGCAGAUGCUCGACUAGUCAUGUGGCAACAACUAGCAAGACCUGCGACUCCCACUCCAGUAGGCGCUGGUACGAUCACCUCAGGACCAUUCAUGCAAGUUAGUACUCCCCCAUUUGCCGCUUCACCGAGGCGAAAGUCGAGCUCUAGUAGUCUAGGAUCCGAGGUUAUGAUGUUGCGUCAGCAAGAAGCAGCAGCAGGAGAUGCUGUGGUCUUGUACUGCAAAGCUCUGGCGUUCAUUGUCAAAGGGACCAAUGAGAUACAAGCUUAUUGGGAGUCUCGGGCCAGUGCAUAUGGAAAUUACACUGCUAGUGUUGAGCUCAACGAGAUGGUUCAAUGGCUUCGUACCCGGUUUAACGAAUGUUUCGAGAAAGCCGAAUGGGCCAAAGCGCGUUGCGCAGAGGACCUACCAUACAUCGAUCGACUGGUACACGACAAAGCCCGAGAGGUGUCCCGCGUCGCUGCAAUAGCAGAGAUGCAAGGAGAAUACUCCGCGGCCGAAGUGGGUUACGAAACAUCGCUCUGGCUCUUGCAAGCUCUGUUGGAUGAUGUCAUGUAUGAUCCUGGCAAGAUUCGGGAUGAAGAUAAAUUAGGUAUCGAGAAACUCAUCUAUCCAAUCAAGCUUCGUCUAGAAACACUUCGGAAGAAGAUGGCUGAAGCGAGAUGA